UCCCCCGCGCGCUUAACAUGGAGGACCUGACGGUGGAGGUUCGUGGCUCCAAUGGAGCUUAUUACAAGGGCUUUGUCAAAGAUGUUCAUGACGAUUCUCUCUCCAUUUCAUUUGAAAAUAACUGGCAACCUGAAAGACAAGUCCCCUUCAGUCAUGUCCGGUUGCCACCUCCAGCUGAUGGCAAAAAGGAAAUCAGUGAAGGAGAAGAAGUGGAGAUAUUCUCCAGAGCAAAUGAACAAGAGCCCUGCGGUUGGUGGCUUGCUAAAGUACGCAUGAUGAAAGGAGCUUUCUAUGUGAUCGAGUAUGCUGCUUGUGACGCAACCUACAAUGAAAUAGUUACGUUUGAACGUCUCCGCCCCGUGAACCGCAAUAAAGCUGUGACACAGUGCACAUUUUUUAAGUGCACCGUUCCUGUCCCCGAAGAUCUCAGAGCAGCAUGUGAGAAUGAACAUGCUCACAAGGAUUUCAAGAAGUCUGUUGGGGCCAUUCGGAUUGUUUACAGCCUGGAGCAAAGCCAACUGAUUGUACUAUCCAUGAAUGAAGCCACCAUCAAGCGUGUCUCCCUGCUGAGCGACAUGCAUCUACGAAGCAUCCGCACAAAACUCUUGCUCAUGUCCAGGAAUGAAGAGGCCACGAAACAUCUCGAGAGUACAAAGCAGCUGGCCUCAGCGUUUCAAGAGGAGAUCAUUGUGAGAGGAGAUCUCUUGGGUCUUGCCAUCGGAAGCCACGGCAGUAACAUCCAGCAGGCCAGGAAGGUGCCGGGAGUGACCGCCAUCGAACUGGGCGAGGAGACGGGAACCUUCAGGAUUUACGGAGAGACUGUUGAGGCGGUACAGAAAGCCAGGAAUUAUCUGGAGUUUCUUGAAGAUUCUGUUCAGAUUCCUCGCAAUCUUGUCGGGAAGGUUAUUGGCAAAAAUGGUAAGUUUAUCCAGGAAAUUAUCGACAAAUCUGGCGUGGUACGAGUGCGUAUCGAAGGUGACAAUGACAACAAACUCCCCCGACAAGAGGGAAUGGUGCCGUUUACAUUUGUUGGAACGAAGGAGAGUAUUGGCAAUGUACAGGUUCUACUGGAAUACCAUAUUGCUUACCUAAACGAGGUGGAACAGCUGCGAAUGGAACGGUUACAGAUUGACGAGCAGCUACGGCAGAUCGGGAUGGGUUACAGGCCAGCCCCAAACCGACCCACCGACAAGGGCUACACCACUGACGAGACUGCAACAAACACCCUCCAUAUCAAUCGGUCGUACAGCGGCAGGGGUCGUGGCCGCCGGGGUCCUGGAUACACCUCUGGCUAUGGCACAAACUCUGAGUACUCUUACGCCUCUGAGACUGACUCUGAGCACAAGGACGAGCUGAGCGACUGGUCUCUCGCAGGAGAGGAGCCAGAACGUGCCCCCAGACAGCAGAGAGACAGCAGAAGGAGACCGGGAGAGGGGAGGGGGAGAGGACGUGGAGGUCCUGGGGGCCGAGGACGUGGCUUAGGACGAAAAGCAUCUAACUCUAUUAGCUCAGUUCUGAAAUAUUCCGAUGGAAACCCAUACAGUCUGUUGGACAACACUGAGUCAGAUCAGACUGCAGACACAGAUGCCAGCGAUUCUCAGAUGAACACCAACCGCCGCAGACGCUCUCGCCGCCGCCGCACCGAUGAAGACUCUACAGUUAUGGACGAGUCCGACAACACCUCCCUCAGUGAGAACAGGCUUGAUGAUGCUGAAGCUAAACAACAGCGCCGUAAUCUUAGUCGCCGCCGCCGUUUCCACCUUCCUGAGGAGAGGCAGCCAGCUACCGUGGCUGACUACAUAUCACGUGCUGAAUCUCAGAGCAGACGGAGAAACCACAGAGAUCUGAGGAAGAUGGAGAUGGGUCAAGUGGAGUUCAUAUCAGAGCAGAGCCCCACUGAAGCGGUGAGCAACGGCCCAAGCACCAAAGCAGAUGAUCUGAACGAUACUUCAAGAGCUUCCGCCGAGAAGGCGCCCAAAGCCAAGCAAGCCGUCUUCAAUGGAGUCUCCUAAUCAGUGCGGUGUAUUUCUUGAAAACUCAUAACCUUUACAAUUUUACAAUAGUGCUUGUACAAGCUUGCCAAAGAUAGACGGACGGACUUCCACAUUCUCAAUUGCACUUUUCAGUUCCUUCACAAUGGAACAGAUGGGAGAAUUACGAUGAAAAAAAAGAAAGACAAGAAAUUAUGGGACAAAAAAAAGUCACACCUAAAUAUGUUCUUUAUCUGAUGUUGUGCCUUCAGAGCAUAGUUUCAACAUUUAUGUUGGCUGGCUGUAGACGAAACAAGACAACUUGUCUGAAAUGGCGAUAACUGAAAAACUCCCAGACAUCCUUCGCUGCUUUUUGUAACAUUUUAAUAUGCAACCACUUCUUCACAUUGGGAAGGGGUUAUGGGGGAAAAGGAUGUUUUGCACUGAGUAGUCAGUUCUUGACCUUUAGAAAUAAUAUUAGUCUGGAAACUGGUCUGCUAACUCUGUCCGUUUUAAAUGCUGUACUGUAUGUCAAACUUCCUGUUAGAACCCGAGUGAUUGAUUUGGGUUUUCAUCCUUUGCCUGUUGGGUUGUAUCGGUGGUAAAAGACUGUUUCGCAAACCUUUCUUUUUUGGGGGGUUUAUUUAUUUUUUAAAUUUACAGUAUUUAAAAGUUAGCUACGCAGUUGUUUUUAACUCUAAACUGCCUGAACUUAUUUGCACGCAGGUGACAAAUUUGGACUACUGAAAGAUCAAUUUCCAGAUUUUCUGUUCUGUAAAUUACAUUUUGUUUGUCCUUUUUUUAAAAGAUCAUUCGGGUUGUUUGAUGUGCAAUAUGUUUUGUAUGCAGGUAGUUCAUAAAUAAACAUUUGAUCUUCCAGCCAAACUUUUAAAGUUGGUCUUCCGACUGUUUUUAAAAUCACUCUUCCAUGGUUCCCAAGGUCAGGACAUUUUAAAAUGGGAAUUUUAUAGUCUGUAAAAGUCUUGGAUGUUUCUAAUGAAUAUACAUUUUCAAGUUAUGUGUAACCCUGGUUAAAUAAAGGAAGUUAAGUUAAAUUUAUUCACAAUUUAUUAACAUCUAAUUUCCCUAAUAAAGGUAAAAUAGUGAUGUGUAAAAGCGAUUUAAGAAAAAUAGUGGGCGAUUUAAGAAAAGCAGUUAUUAUUAGUUGAAUUUUGAUUGACCAAUGAGAACGCUUCAACAUUAUGCGCUGUGCGUGUGGACGCGCCUGCGUAACGAGGGAAAAAAGAGAGUUGAGCAUAGAGGAGAGGAGACGUGAGUCGAUGUUCGUGAUAAAAGUUAAAAGUAUAUAUUUGAAAGAAAAGUAGAAAAAACGUAAAUCUAGUUCAUUUCAUAACGUGCAGUGUAUGGAGAAGCUGAGUGAGUGUUGAGUUGCAUUUUAAUCCUAUGAGUCAGCAUAACUUUCUAAAUGGGAAAAGUUAAUGUAUAAAUUCCUAACACGAUAAAAGAUGGUUAAUUUGUUUGACUAAAACAGUGUUAUUUCCAAUUUCAUGUCGUAUUUCAACAUUAGAGAUUAUAGUGAAUCGUGUGGAUAUUCCUCGUUCACCGACGCAUUGCUGGCCAUGCGGGCCUGUGAGACGCACCUGGGUGAAAGCAAAAGACGAUUACUACAGAGGUAAAUGAGUAAUAUAUAAGUCCUUGUAGGAAACAAUGCUAUGUUCUAGUGUUCAAUUUUAUUAUCUCAUUCUAAAUGAUUAUACGUGUGGUCAUAGUGAACCGCGUGGUUAUUCCUCCAUUUCAGUUAACCGGCGCCAUUAUUGGUCACAUGCGCCUGUGUGAGAGACAAAUAGGAUUGUUCUAGAUGUACAUAGUGUAAUAUCUUUUCUUGAAAAAUGAUAUUUCUAUGUUUAAUUGUUAUUUUGAUUGUUUUGAUCUGUGAUGUGAAAUUAUUUCUGAAAUCACUAAAUCAAUGUUCUGGUCUGUGAUCAGGCCAGGUUUUUUGUUUUCUCUUUUUCUUCUUUGUAUUUCUAUUUUGUCUUUGGUGCUGCGGAUUGUGAUGUUCUGUGAUAUCCUGUGAGAAAUUUCAAGUUUGAUGGCGAGCCACCCGAAUCUACUACAGUGAAAGAAUGUACUACGGUGAAAGGGCAACAACUCGUGACGAAGAGGACAAUAUCCUUUCCUUCUCCAGUCUUGCUGUAGCGAGACAAUUCACAUUUAGAGACUAUUGAGUUUUUUAUUUUCAUCAAGAUUGACAGACGAAUACAGAGACUGAUAAGAAACUGAUAUGUGCUUUGAAAAGCAUUGAACACUCGUGAUGGUGUAUGGUUAUCCAUAGCUAAAAUGUAUUGGUCAAUUUGAUUCAUAUUGAGGUUCUUGUUCAAUCAAACGAUUGACAUUUGUGAUAUUUUGAGAGAAGAGUGUUUAAGAAAACACACAACUCCAUUAUUUAUUAUUUUAUUCAUUUUAUUUUCUUUUCUUUUGUCAUUGCAAUUAUCUGUGUAUGUUUUGAGGUAAAAGAAGAGUGCACUCUAGGGGAAAUUUUCAUGGUUGAACUGUGUAUAAUUGA